AUGGAGGCUUAUUUCCAGAGGAAGCGAAUCGAGAGAGCAGUUGUCCUCGAGCUUGCACAAGGUGAAAGGCAAUGCAGCUGCAAUGGUGAACACGGCUCGAGCUGCCACGUUGCCGUGCACCCAACCUUUAUCGACAAAGACUCCAGCGACGAUGCGAUCAUCUUGGUACAUUGGACACCGCUCGAUGCGCAUUUGAACCCUGCCAACUAUAGCACUGCCAAGAAGGUGGUGCUGACUGCCUUUGUCUCCUUAAUUGGGGUCAGUGUUACUGCAGCGUCCGCCAUUGACGCCUGUGGUUUACCUCAAUAUACAGCCGAGUUUCAGGUGAGGGAAGUGGUGGGAUCUCUGGCCACAGGUCUGUUCAUGAUCGGUCUAGCGUUUGGAUCCUUGCUCUCCGGGCCCUUUUCAGAAACCUUCGGACGAAAUGUCGUCUAUAUUAUGACCAUGUUCCUAUAUCUCCUGUUUAUCAUGGCAGCUGCACUGGCCCCUAACCCGGCAAGCCACCUUGUUUUUCGGUUUCUCGCGGGCGUUUUGAAAGGGUAUUCCUUCUUCAUUUACGCUAUCCCCAGUUUUGGUGGACCAGUGAUUGGACAGUUGAUUGGCAGCUUCAUUCCCCCAGCCCUCGGAUGGCGAUGGUUGGAAUGGAUCAUGCUGAUCAUGGGAGGAAUAGUACUCGUGGUGGUGAUCCUAUUCCAACCUGAGACAUAUGGAGACCUUCUGCUCUAUCGGAAAGCUAAGGCAUUACGCAAACAAACGGGGGAUGUGCGGUAUCGAGCGCCUAUGGAAGUGAACAAGCUGCCGCUCCAGAAACGAUUAAUCACUGCUGUAUCGCGGCCAUUCUUGUGGAGCUACACAGAACCGAUCGUGCUUCUCAUGGCCCUCUACCUGACUAUUGUAUAUAUUAUCCUAUUCACGUUCCUGGAAGGAUACAAGUUCAUCUUCGGAGAGACAUAUGGUCUGUCGCAGGGCCUCACUAGUAUUACUUGGGCUGGCAUGUUUGUCGGCAUGGUUCUGACGUGCCUGAUUGUUCCCACUGUCUAUACCUGGACCCGCAAGGAAUACGAACGCACGAACCGAAUCCUCCCUGAGACGCGUCUAUGGUAUGCUAUGCUUGGGGGGGCCCUGGCGGUCCCGGUGGGUCUGUUCUGGAUGGGAUGGACCAGCUAUUCCUCAAUCAGCAUCUGGUCUCCGCUGAUCGCGUCUGCUUUUGUUGGCUUCGGGAUGACCACCAUCUUCACCAGUGCCUACCUAUAUGUCAUCGAUUCCUAUGGCGUUUAUUCCGCCUCCGCAUUGGGCUUCAUGGCAUUCAUCCGAUAUCUGGUGUCUGGCGGGGUUAUGAUUGCUGGCAGUACUAUCUAUGAACGAUACGGGGUGCAUUAUACUCUCACCGUCCUCGGUGCCAUCAGUGCUGCAAUGGCCUCUAUUCCAUACUUGUUCUACUUUUACGGGGCGCGCAUUCGUCAGUUCAGCAAACAUGCCGUUAUCAAAGAAUAA